UUGUUGUUUGAUAGCCAUAUGUCAAUAGCGUUAAAAUUGAAUUUAUUUAUUUAAAGUAAGUUAAUAUUUAUUAUUUUGCGAUGUCCCGUUAUGUUUACUAGAAAACCUUGAUAACGUUUAGAGCAGACAUUUAUUAAUGGCUACUUUUUUGCUCAUACAUAUAGUCAACUGAUUUAACUCCUUUUGAGCCGUGGAUUCUUACAUACUCACACAGUUAAGUUUAUGUUAACGGUGUGUUUAUCAUUUGUAAGCACAACGAUGUUAUCUGGGUUGAAAUUGCUGAGGUCUGCACAUUCCCAUUUCGUGCGGGCUCAAUUCAGGAAAUUAUCUAAAUUAUCCUCAAUAAAUCAAGUAUAUAUGCCAAGUGUAAUAAAUAAACGGGAAUACAUUUAUGCAGAAGGAAAAGUAUAUCAUGGCUUCCGAUGCGAACGCGUGGAUCACAUUUCUGAAUUUAAGCUUACGUCCUAUACGUUGCGUCAUGAGUGCACUGGUACUGAAUUAUGGCAUAUCGACCGAAAUGAUGCUAGUAACGUAUUUUCCAUAAAUUUUCGAACAACACCUUUUGAUUCCACUGGCCUUCCACAUAUAUUAGAGCACUUAUCGUUAUGCGGUUCAAAAAAAUAUCCUGUCCGGGAUCCUUUCUUUAAAAUGCUCAAUCGCUCGGUAGCGACGUUUAUGAAUGCAAUGACUGGACCCGAUUAUACGAUUUAUCCCUUUUCGACUAUGAAUGAGAUGGACUUUAGGAAUUUGCAGCGCAUUUACUUGGAUGCCGUAUUUAGGCCCAAUCUUGCGUAUUUGGAUUUUCUCCAAGAGGGCUGGAGACUUGAGAAUAAGGAUAUACAUGAUCAAAAUUCACAGAUUGUGAUCAAAGGAGUGGUUUACAACGAAAUGAAGGGAGCCUUUUCUGAAAAUGCACAUGUAUUUGGUCAGAGUCUACUUAAUAAUGUUUUUCCUGACCAUACAUAUGGUCAUGUGUCUGGAGGGAAUCCAUUAGAUAUACCUAAGCUAACUCAUUCUGAUUUAGUUGAUUUUCACAAAAAAUACUAUCAUCCAAGUAACUGCCGUAUAUAUUCCUACGGCUUAUUUGAUCCUAACAAAACACUAGCACUUCUUGAUAAAGAGUAUUUAUCAAAACAAACUUGGAUUGACAACUCGUACAGUCGGAUACCUCAGCAAGAGCGAUGGACAAAAGCGCGCAACGUUCACAUUUCGAGUAGACUAGAUAAUAUGGGUGCGACAAUUGAUAAGCAGAACCAAAUUGCUAUCGCGCUGCUAAUGUGUGACUUGACCGACAUUCACGAGAGUUUUGAAUUAAAUGUCCUGUCUGAGGUACUAAUUCGUGGACCCAACUCUGCGUUUUUCAAGAACCUAAUAGAACCAAACUUUUCUGGCGGUUACAACCAAUGCACAGGAUAUUCAUCGAACUCUAAGAACACAGCUUUCGUCGUGGGAUUACAAGAUAUUCGAGUUGAAGACUUUACGAAGUUUAUCGAACGUUUUGAUCAAACCAUUUUCAACGCUAUGGUUUGUGGGUUUGAGUCACAGCACAUCGAAAGCGUUUUGCACAAUCUUGAGUUGUCACUAAAACAUCAGAAUUCGAACUUCGGAAUAUUGUUGUUGCUUAAUUCUACAGCUUUGUGGAAUCAUGAAGGCGACGUAGUUAGUAACCUUCGCAUAUCAAAUAUGAUAUCAAGGCUUCGGGCAAGUCUACGUCAGAACAAUAACUAUUUCCAAGACAAAAUGGAACAAUACUUUGCCAAUAACAAUCAUAGACUAACAUUGACCAUGUCGCCUGAUGAGUUAUAUGAAGAGAACUUUACAAAAGCUGAAUUGCAGUUGGUAAGGCAAAAAGUAAAAAACCUUGGUAAAAAAAAGUUAAACCAAAUAUAUAAGAAUGGAUUAAUACUGGAUGCAUUUCAAAAGGCUAAAUCGAAUACUGAAGUAUUACCGUGUCUGGCAAUGAACGAUGUGAGCGAGCCACCAAAAAUACCGGAAGUUUUUAUUCGACAUAUCCAAAAUGUUCAGACCCAGAUAUGCAAAGUCUCGACGAACGAUAUUACAUAUUUUAAGUGCCUGUUCAAUAUAACGGAUCUGAGCAUUGAUGAAAUACAGCUUGUGCCUCUGUUUUGCAAUGUUAUUAGUGCCAUAGGCACCGCAACGUAUAAUCAUCAGGAAUUCGAUAAGCAAGUUCUUUUAAAAACCGGAGGCAUCCAUUUUACUGUACAUUUAUUUGAAGAUGUGAAUGAUGCAAAGAGUUACAGGGUCAGUUUAAUGAUGACCACACACGCUCUUGAUAAAAAUGUUUUGAACAUGUUUGAUUUGUGCCAAGAGUUGCUUACAAAUUUCAGAUUUAACGAUUUGGGCCGUCUUAAAAUGCUAAUUGAAAAUUAUAUGUCAAACAUAUCUGUAGGAGUGUCAAGCUCUGGUCAUUUGUUUGCUAUAUUAGGAGCGACUUCAUUAGUUAGUGAUGCUGGUAAACUUAAGUGUCUUUUAUCCGGCGUAGAUCAUAUAAAUUUCAUGAAAAAUUUCUUACAAUUAACUAACGAGCUUGAAAUUCGUGAUAAGUUAGCAUCGAUUGGAAGGAAGGUAUUUAACAAGAGUAAUAUGCGUGUGGUAAUUAACAGUACACCAUCUUACUUGUCAUCGGCUAUUAAACAUUACAAAGAUUUUUUGAAAAUAUUGCCAGACUUUGAAAAAUCCAAGACGUGUAGUAAGAUCCAUUUUUUCGACCCAAGCUGUCAACAAUACUUAAUGAACAUACCAGUUAACUAUUGCGCAAAGGCAUUUUUCGCUGUUCCAUAUCUUCACCAAGACCAUCCCACACUGAAAAUUUUGGCGAAAGUAUUAUCAGCCAAGUAUCUACUACCUGUGGUGCGGGAGCAGAAUGGCGCCUAUGGAGCUGGUGCACGGAUCAACUCAGACGGCUAUUUUAGCUUAUAUAGUUAUCGAGACCCACAUUCUACCAAAACCCUAGAUGUGUUCGACAAAACUUAUGAAUGGCUACGAUCGGAAAAAAAUUUGAUUGAUCAACAAUCUCUUUUUGAGGCAAAGCUUGGUGUGCUGCAGCAAUUAGACUCUCCUAUAGCUCCAGGAAAUAUUGGCAUUGAUUACUUUCUAUAUGAAGUAUCGCAGGAAUGUUUAGAGAAGUACAGGUCUCGAAUGCUAUCGGUAACUAUCAAUGACUUGCAGGAUACUAUAGAAAAAUACUUUGGAAAUCCGCCAAAUUAUUAUGGAAAAUGCCUUUUGGGUCCAGCCAAUAAAAAUUUAGAGUUGGAAACCGGCCAAAAAUGGAAAAUCAUUAACUAGACCAAAAUACCCUGUAAUUAAAAUAUCUUUGAAUUUAAUUGGAGUUUUUAAAAAAAUGUGUUAUAAAUAUAAUUAGUUUGUCAAUAUUAUUAAUUACAAGCACGAUCUUAAGCUUGUCAAAACACUCCAGAAAUAAAAGCACAAAUGGUUACUAAA